AUGUCCAGCCCCGGAGAUUCUGGAAAGGGCUUCACUUACACCGGGUCCGGCACCAACAGCCAGGGCAACCACUGGUGCUCCCGUGACUACGGCACUGGCUCCGACUCCAACGGUUUUGGCCGCGGCGAUGCCUACCACUACAGCAAUCGCAAUGGCUCGUACUACUACUCCAACUCGGAUGGAAGCACCUACUACAACGACGGUAAAGGUGGCGCGGUUUACACCCCUCCAGGUGAAAAAAAGUAG